GCCGGGAGAGCCGAGGGAGAAUCCGGGUGGAAGCUGAGAAAUCCAGCCCCGAUAGCAGCGCCCGGUCCCGCCCCGGCCCCCGCCCCGGGGCGCUCGCCGCACGCCCGCCGGCCGCCGGGCCUCCGGAGCCGAUCUCCGGCCGGCACCCACGCUCCAUCACGAGAUCGAACCCCGCUCCCACGGCCGCGAUUCGGGGAGCCUUGGCCCCGGGGGCCCCACGGAGCGAGCGACAUGUGGCAGUCCCGGGCCGGCGCAGCGUCCUUCGGCCCACUGCACAGCACCCCCAGGAGGCCCUGACGCCCUGGGGGCACUUCUCCUGUGCACAGGACCACGUGGGGGUUUGCCAUGGUGACAUAAAGGGGCACAGAGGAAGGAAGGAGCGCGACCGGCCUGCAGACUGUGCCCCUGGCUGGGAGGAAGGGCCGGGGGCCCAGACCCUCCACUCCUGCCGCCCACCGAGGGCUGCGCUUGCUCAGUGUCUGUGAAACUGUUGCUCAGUGGACGACUCUGGUGUCUCCUCCUGCGUGGGGCCUGGGGGUGGCCAGGGCAGGUGAGCCUCCGGCGGCCGAGGUCUCGGGGGCCAGGAUGCCUGCCCUGGCGCGCCUCCGGAGGCUGUGUCGGCACGUGUCCCCGCAGGCUGUCCUCUUCCUGCUGUUCGUCUUCUGCCUGUUCAGCGUUUUUGUCUCAGCCUACUACCUAUAUGGCUGGAAGCGGGGUCUGGAGCCCUCGGCAGAUGCCCCUGAGCCAGACUGUGGGGACCCGCCCCCUGUGGCCCCCAGCCGCCUGCUGCCCCUCAAACCCAUACAGGCAGCCACGCCCUCCCGCACGGACCCACUGGUGCUGGUGUUUGUGGAGAGCCUCUACUCCCAACUGGGCCAGGAGGUCGUGGCCAUCCUGGAGUCUAGCCGCUUCAAGUACCGCACGGAGAUCGCACCGGGCAAGGGGGACAUGCCCACGCUCACUGACAAGGGCCGUGGCCGCUUUGCCCUCAUCAUUUAUGAGAACAUCCUUAAGUAUGUCAACCUGGACGCCUGGAACCGGGAGCUGCUGGACAAGUACUGUGUGGCCUACGGUGUGGGCAUCAUCGGCUUUUUCAAGGCCAACGAGAACAGCCUGCUGAGUGCGCAGCUCAAAGGUUUCCCCCUGUUCCUGCACUCCAACCUGGGCCUGAAGGACUGCAGCAUCAACCCCAAGUCCCCGCUGCUCUACGUGACGCGGCCCAGCGAGGUGGAAAAAGGCGUGCUGCCUGGCGAGGACUGGACCGUGUUCCAGUCCAACCAUUCCACCUACGAGCCGGUGCUGCUGGCCAAGACGCGCUCCUCCGAGUCCAUCCCGCACCUGGGCGCGGACGCCGGCCUGCACGCUGCGCUGCACGCCACCGUGGUCCAGGACCUGGGCCUCCACGACGGCAUCCAGCGCGUGCUGUUUGGCAACAACCUCAACUUCUGGCUGCACAAGCUCGUCUUUGUCGACGCCGUGGCCUUCCUCACGGGCAAGCGUCUCUCGUUGCCUCUGGACCGCUACAUCCUGGUGGACAUCGAUGACAUCUUUGUGGGCAAGGAGGGCACACGCAUGAAGGUGGAGGACGUGAAGGCCCUGUUUGAUACACAGAAUGAACUACGCACGCACAUCCCAAACUUCACCUUCAACCUGGGCUACUCAGGGAAAUUCUUCCACACAGGUACCGACGCCGAGGAUGCCGGGGACGACCUGCUGCUGUCGUACGUGAAGGAGUUCUGGUGGUUCCCCCACAUGUGGAGCCACAUGCAGCCGCACCUUUUCCACAACCAGUCGGUGUUGGCGGAGCAGAUGGCUCUGAACAAGAAGUUCGCUGUCGAGCACGGCAUCCCCACAGACAUGGGCUAUGCGGUGGCCCCCCACCACUCGGGUGUGUACCCCGUGCACGUGCAGCUGUAUGAAGCCUGGAAGCAGGUGUGGAGCAUCCGCGUGACCAGCACGGAGGAGUACCCCCACCUGAAGCCGGCCCGCUACCGCCGCGGCUUUAUCCAUAACGGCAUCAUGGUCCUCCCACGACAGACCUGCGGCCUCUUCACGCACACCAUCUUCUACAAUGAGUACCCUGGUGGCUCCAGCGAGCUGGACAAGAUCAUCAACGGGGGCGAGCUCUUCCUCACCGUGCUCCUCAAUCCUAUCAGCAUCUUCAUGACACACCUGUCCAAUUAUGGGAACGACCGCCUGGGCCUGUACACCUUCAAGCACCUGGUGCGCUUCCUGCACUCCUGGACCAACCUGCGGCUGCAGACGCUGCCCCCCGUGCAGCUGGCACAGAAGUACUUUCAGAUCUUCUCCGAGGAGAAGGACCCGCUCUGGCAGGACCCCUGUGAGGACAAACGUCACAAAGACAUCUGGUCCAAGGAGAAGACAUGUGACCGCUUCCCAAAGCUCCUCAUCAUUGGCCCCCAGAAAACAGGCACCACGGCCCUCUACCUGUUUCUGGGCAUGCACCCGGACCUCAGCAGCAACUACCCCAGCUCAGAGACCUUUGAGGAGAUCCAGUUUUUUAACGGCCACAACUAUCACAAAGGCAUCGACUGGUACAUGGAGUUCUUCCCCAUCCCCUCCAACACCACCUCUGACUUUUACUUUGAGAAGAGCGCCAACUACUUCGAUUCGGAAGUGGCGCCCCGGCGGGCGGCUGCUCUGCUACCCAAGGCCAAGGUCCUGACCAUCCUCAUCAACCCAGCGGACCGGGCCUAUUCCUGGUACCAGCACCAGCGAGCCCAUGAUGACCCAGUGGCCCUGAAGUACACCUUCCACGAAGUGAUCACGGCUGGGCCUGAUGCGUCCUUGAAACUGCGGGUCCUCCAGAGCCGCUGCCUGGUCCCCGGCUGGUACGCCACCCACAUUGAGCGCUGGCUCAGCGCCUUUCAUGCCAACCAGAUUCUGGUCUUGGAUGGCAAACUGCUGCGAACAGAACCUGCCAAAGUGAUGGACACAGUGCAAAAGUUCCUUGGGGUGACCAACACUAUUGACUACCACAAAACCUUGGCGUUUGAUCCAAAGAAAGGGUUUUGGUGCCAGCUGCUCGAAGGAGGAAAAACCAAGUGUCUGGGCAAAAGCAAGGGCCGGAAAUACCCAGAGAUGGACCUGGAUUCCCGCGCCUUCCUGAAGGACUAUUAUCGGGACCACAACAUCGAGCUCUCCAAGCUGCUGUACAAGAUGGGCCAGACGCUGCCCACCUGGCUGCGGGAGGACCUCCAGAACACCAGGUAGCCGCGGCCACCACAGCCAGACUGAACGUUUGUGACGGCCUGGACGGCCUGCCGCAUGCUGAGCCAGACUGACCCGCAGAGUGGGGAGCUGGGCCUGGGCUGGCCGGGUACUUCCAAGCAAUACUCAGCUGAGUCCCAGGCAGGGCCAGGAGAAGAGCCCAGGCGGGUCCACAAGCGCCUCGGAGCAUCCAGCGCUGGGUCUGUGGCCUCCUGGGUCUGUGGCCUCCGGGACCUCCCUCGCCACCAGAGGUCCGUUCUGUGCACGGCCCUCCCCCUCCGUGGGGAGGCCACUCCCCGUUGGUGGAAGGCCACUUCCUGGUGAGAGGGAGUCCGUGAGACUCCCUUUUCUGUCCCUCACUGUGUCCUACCAACCAUGCCCUCCCCUUUAUCCCAUCACUCCCUGCGCCAGCAGGGUCUCCCCUCAGUAUUAGCUGCCAUGUUUGCCCUGUCCUCCAGACAACAGGGAGAGGAGCCCAGCUAGGCCUUUUGCCAAACUAGGGAGAGAGACUGGAUGCCUCCCUGACUGUUUUGAGCCAGGCACUUCAGAGGGGCCAGCUGGGUGCCCAAAGUCACUGGGCUGGAUGUGGUGGGGGGCCUUCAAGAGAACUCUACAUCUCUACACCCAUUCCGGUUAAUACCUUCACAUCUCACUUUCCCUUCUGGGGAAGAACCGCUGAUUCCUACAGUAUCCACCCAGUCCUCAGGGCCUCCUUCGGGACCCCGGGGCACUGCCAUGCCAUUAGGACCCAGAGACCCAGGCCUCCCUACCCUGUUCCUCAUCCUGGGAUAUGACGUGUGGUAUUUCCUGUGGUAAAAGACUGAGGCGGUUCAGGAGUCUGCCAGUAUACAUGUCCCAAUGUACAUAUGUUGUCCCCAUGCCCACCCCCAACCUUGGCCCCUGGGCAGACCCUGGGCAGUGUGGGUGAGACUGCUAUCCAUGGCUUUGUCCCAGCUACCUACGGCCAAGGGCUCCUAGAGACCCCCUUAACCCGCACCCCCAAAUACUAAGAAGCUAAAGUAUUUUAAUAUUUUGUUUUUUGUUUUUUGUUUUUUUUUCUUGGUGCCAGAGUUUAUACCCUGGGUGCUGGGGUCGCACUGUGUUUUUAUAUAUAUAUAUAUAUAUAUAUAAUGUGUAUAUAUAUAUAUUAUAUUUUUUUUGGUUGGGUUUGUUUUUAAUUCAGUCAUACAAAAUGGUGGCAAGCCCCAGUGUCCUAUCUCAGUGCUAAAGAAUGAGAUGGAAGGGAGGGGAGGGCGUGUCCUCGUGUGUCUGGGCCUUGGGGAGACACUGUGGAGGUGCCUCUUGGAGAGGUGUCUGUUCCCUUCCCAAGUGUCGCUGCUACCCUGGGGCUACUGCAGCUGAACAGAGGUGGUGAGGCACCCAGGGAAGACCCGCUCUCUCCAGGACAGCUGGCCUCAUGAAGCUCAGUGACCCUGGAGGAAUUUUGGCCAAAGGAGACAGCAGGGCUGGGGUGGGAGGCCAGGGGGCUAAAGGCCGGCCUGUCCCCUCCUUGUCACAUGGUGCUAGGUUGGGAGCCGCCCUGGGAGCUGGGCUGCCCGCCAGGACCCACAGAACUGUCUCCAGGCCCCCUGCGGACCACGGGAUCUCGGGGCUGUUUUCCGGUUAGGGUCUGCUCCCACCCCCUUCUUUAACAAUGUGAAAUGACUAAGGCUGGGUGCCUCUCCCUGGCCCCUCCCACUGCCAGUCAGCUUCCAGCCAACAUCCAGAAAACCCUUUCUGGAGAGCCUUGUCCUGUUAGGAAGACUCUAGUAUCUUGGGGCUGGAAGGGUCCUUUGACGGGUAUGGAAAGAGAAAGGCGAGGCGGCCUCCUUGGCCAAUGUCUCAGAACUGGGUGAGAGCAGGGUGGAGAAUUAAAUCUGAGGCUCCUGAUUCUGGGUCCAGUGCUCUUCUUUCAAUGCCACACUGCCUCUGAGCCCAUCCUGGGGACCCUACUCUGUGCCAGCUUCCUGUCCCUCCCUCAGUCACACCCGUGGUCAUCCAGGAUAGGGGACAAACCACUCCUUCCCAGCCAGGGUGCCUUUGAGCCUUCUCCGUUCCUGGUCUGCACACGCAGUCCUGCCUUGCUCUCCCUGAGAGGUCCUCCCCCGGUCUGUGGGGGUGGGGGGGGCCGGGUCUGUCUGACCUCUGAACCCAAGCCCUUUUCUCAAGUUCUUCGCCGGCAGUAGAGAAGAAAGGGGGAUACUCAGCGGGACGGCUGCGUGUGGGUUCACUGUCUUCCGAGAGAAGCCUUCCCACCAUGCUUCUCACUGGGGCCUUCGAGGCUGGGAACCCAGCUUCAAGCCUGCAGGGGAUGAGGAACAGUGUCUGGGGACAGGGUGGCACGCCUGCUUGUAUGCUUGUGAAGACUUGCCAGUGCCGUGGAACCUGACCCUCGCAGAAGGGGGCAGCAUCUUCCACAGUGCGGACCCCAGGCCUCCUCUCCCAUCUUGCGGCAAGGGGCUCGGGUUCUGUGGCCUGUGCUAGACCUUUACAGCUCCCACUGCUGAAAUCUACCCUCUGUGUCUGGACACCUGCCCCCCUCUCUGGGAGCUCGGAAUGGCCAGUGUGCCAGCAGCUCCAUUUCUUUCUGCCUCUGGCCCGAGGAAGGAGCAGGCAGAUUGGAGGCCCCAGCGGAUGCCUGUGGGAGCAGAGGAAGUGGUAGGGAAUGUUGUCUAGGUCCUUCUGGAAGGCUGGGCACUUGACUUGCCACAUGUUCUGAGUCUGUCUGGUCCCUACUACUUCUUCCCUUCCCACUCAUGAAUCUUGCUCGUGGACCCGCUGCCAGGAACUGUAGCUACUGGGGAGGGGGGACAGACAAAUCCCUCUAGGGGCCCUCAGCUACUGAGCACACAGAUCUUCCUCAUGAGAGGGCAAACCCGAGGGCAGUAGGUACGGCAUCUCUGCAUCCUCAGUGUCCCCUAAUGCACUGUGUUUGGCCAGAGAGAGAGAAACAGCUUAAAUCAUGGAGUGGAUGCUGCCGACCAUUUUCUCAUCCCUCCCAUGAGCCUUUGCUUGGGGCAGGCGCAUGUGGGAUGUCCCCUGUGACUGCCUCAGCCACUUGGGGUUCUAGAACCGCCCAUAGUGCACAUCUUGUGUGUGGAGGAGUCUGAGGCUUCAAGAUGGGCCUUUUCCAGGCCUGUGAGAAGAAGCAGCCGGGGCCUCAGGGGCCCUGCUGAGGGAACAGACAUCUGUUCCCCAUGGAGGAUGACUAGGCUGACCCACAGAGAUGGGUGCCCUUAGGAGGGAAUGGUCCGCACCGGUUUGUGAGGGAAAGAGCAAGUGAAAACAUGUACAAUUAUUUUAUUAUGAACACCUACUGUCCUCCAUCUAGAGUUAAAAUGAACAUUCUCCCACAUUUGAUUUCUCUCUCUCUGUAUGUAUGAAUUUUUUUCCAAACUAGUUUAAAAGUGAGUUGCAGAUAUCACGAGACUGGACCAAAAUGCCUCGGCCUGCAUCCCCAGAGAGUUAAGACAUCAUGGUAUGUCUUGGCCGGUAUCACACCCGAGACAACAGUGAUUUCCUAAGAACAUCUGCUAUUGAAUCCAUGUUUGCUCCCCCACCCCCAUAACUUUUACGCCUGGUUUUAGAAUCAGGAUCUGCUCAAGUUGCAUACAUGACAUCUUGUAACUGCAGUUUUGUUCAAUCUCUCCCCUCUCUGGUUGCUUUGGUUCUUUAAAUGAUGUUAUUUCUGAGGAGAGCAGGCCCCCUGUCCUAUUGAAGUCCCACAUCUGGAUCUCUGUGAUCAUUUCUUCAUGGUGUCACAGAAUGUGCUCUUCUAGCCCCUGUCUUGUCCAGGGUGAUUUAGGCUGCAUGGAUUUCUGCCUUCUGUGCUGGCUUGACAUCUUCACUCCAGCCUGAGAUGCCUGAGAUGCCUCUCUCUUGUCCCCUGUACCAAGUGCCAAACCAGCAGCAGGGCUCGGUGGAGCCCCGGGAGCUCAGGGGAGGGCAAAGGAGGCAACCUUUGCAGCUGGGCCUGCUGGGACGGAGAUGCCUCCGGCCCAGAAGAGCCUGUGCUGCCCGCUCUGAUCCUGGCGAUGGGCCACAGGGCAACGAAUAGCAUGUCUGUCUGUCUCUCUGUCUGUCUCUCUGUUUUGUGGCCUCCCGGUUUUUACUUCCUGGAGGUCUGUGGUCUGUGUGCACUGGAACAGAGCCAGGCCCCUGGGAUGCACCAGGGAAGGGCCUAAGCGGGGAACUGCCUCCCCCAAGCUGUAGUGUGAGGAGGAGAGCCCGGGGCCAGAGGCAGGAGAUGUGAAAUUUCAUCCCAACUGGGUAUGUUUAGUAGCUACAUCACGGUUUCCCCUCCAGGGCCUCAAAUUCCCCAUUUAUAAGAUGUGCAGAUGGGGUUAUAGCAGGGCUUUUCAAAUGUCCAAGAAGAAAGCAGGUCUGCUCUAGUGGAAGUGAGGGUGGAGGGCCCAGACCCCUGCUCUCGAGGCAAUGCUGGAUGCCUGGUUUGCAACCCUGGGCCGGCUGCCCCCCAGGGCUCGUCUUUGUCAGCCAGAGAUUUUUGGAAGGGGCGUGGGCUUUGUGAGGGGGUCAAUGUCAAGGGUCUGGGGAGACUCUGGUUGUGUUUUAUCCUAAUAAGUUCAUCCCUCCCUCUCUUCUCCCUCUCUCUGGCUCUUGAGGAGAAUGAAGGAGGAGAGAGGGCUUUCUAUGACUGCUAGCUUUUAUUAUCAGCAAGAGGGCUCCUUUUGUAAUUUGCAUGAAAUUCAUGUCAUUUCCUGGGGAGAGGAGAGGGCUGACUGGAGAGGGUGGGGGGCACGCUAGGGGAGCUGACAGGUUUCCUUCCCUUGUGGGGGUUGGGAGAGGGGGGAGAGGGGGUGCUGCCCAGCUCACCUGAUCAGGGCUCUCGAACCAGCCGUUUUGGGUUGUGUUAAAAGUGGGAACCUUCCUCCAUUAAUGUACAAUCUCGAACUAACUGCUAAUAAAGUGGGGUUCUAUUUGUA